AGUUCUACUCUGUCCUGUAGGGUCGCUGUGAGUCGGAAUCAACUCACCAGCAGCUGGUUUGGCUUUUGUUUUUUUUUUAACCUGUCAGUUUGUGAAUGCAGUAUAUUAUAUGCAAAUUGCAGGUUACACCUACUUUCUACGUACAUGGAAGCUGGUGCAUCUGUGCAGUGGUGGCCACCUGAAGGCUAGUACAGGGAACUUUCUGAUCUACUUUCCUUCCCUUUUUUUUCUUUCUUAUAGUGAUCACACACACUCUUAAGUUCCCUCGUUUUUUCUCUUUUAUUGCUCAGUUAACCUCACCACAGGAAAUCGUCUACACAUACACACAGACAUAGGUCCUUAAUUAACUGGUUCAUUUCUUAAUUCUGUUGAUCAACUACGUCAAUAAAUUGUCAAUCCUACUACCUGCCUCCUCCCCUUUUUUUGGGAGAGGAGGAUGUUUUAUUUGUUUGGUGUACUGCCUGUGAAAUAACCCACUCUGUGUAAGAUUUUUUUUUUAAUAUAAGAAAACUUUGUGGGUUUCAAAAAUGAAGUGCCAGUAAACUUACAGAAAGCAUUCUGUUUGUAACUUAAGAGAAUCUCUUCCUGUAUGUAUAUAUUUUUUAAAUGCUGUUUUUAUUCAGUAGCUUUUAGUACCCACUCUCUUUUCCUUAAGUGCUGUGCAGAGGGUAUACAAGUAUGACUAAAGUAAUCAUUGCUUUUAAGGGGUUUGUCUUUUUGCCUGGUAGAAAAGACGAUCAAUAUAAUAUGAGGUAAAAAGAGGUACAGAUAAAACACUAGGGGUUUGAAGGAAAUCUGUAAUGAUUUAAUGGUCAUUAAAUCUAUAAUGAUACUCUUUGUAUAGUUCUUGAAUGAAAAGAGAAACGGUAAUAUUAGAAUACUUAAUAGUGCUAGUGCAAGUCUUUGCCCUGGUUCUGAUUUAACACAUUGUCACAUCUCCUAUAAAUUCUCACUGUUAAUUUUUCUAAACUAUUUCCCAGCUUUUCUUGCCCCUUCCCCUUCCUCACAAGCUGGGGUGCUGGCUUUUGUAAGAAUAGAAUAAGAAGAUAGAGCAGAUAGGAGAUGGAGGAACGAGAGCCUUUAAUCUAGACAACGAGCAACCAGAUUAUGAUAUGGAUUCAGAAGAUGAGACCUUAUUAAACAGACUUAACAGAAAGAUGGAAAUAAAGCCUUUGCAAUUUGAAAUUAUGAUUGACAGACUUGAAAAAGCCAGUUCUAAUCAGCUUGUAACACUUCAAGAAGCAAAACUGCUGCUAAAUGAGGACGAUUACCUUAUUAAAGCUGUAUAUGACUACUGGGUGAGAAAACGUAAAAACUGCAGGGGUCCAUCUCUCAUUCCUCAGAUCAAACAAGAGAAAAGAGAUGGCUCUACGAACAAUGACCCCUAUGUUGCCUUUCGGAGGAGAACGGAGAAAAUGCAAACUCGGAAGAAUCGUAAGAAUGAUGAAGCCUCUUAUGAAAAGAUGUUGAAACUGAGACGAGAGUUUAGCAGAGCCAUAACCAUUUUGGAAAUGAUUAAGAGAAGAGAGAAAACAAAACGAGAAUUAUUGCACUUAACCUUAGAAGUUGUGGAAAAAAGAUAUCAUUUGGGAGACUAUGGUGGUGAAAUCCUUAAUGAAGUGAAAAUCAAUAGAUCAGAAAAAGAGUUAUACACCACUCCAGCAACUCUUCAUAAUGGAAAUCAUCACAAAGUCCAAGAAUGUAAAACUAAGCACCCUCAUCAUUUGUCUUUGAAAGAAGAGGCUUCUGAUGUGGUUCGUCAAAAGAAGAAGUACCCAAAGAAGCCUAAAGCAGAGGUUUUGAUAACAUCUCAGCAACCCACUCCUGAGACAUUGCCUGUGAUCAAUAAGAGUGACAUUAAGCAAUAUGACUUUCACAGCUCAGAUGAAGAUGAAUUUCUACAGGUACCGUCCCCAGUAUCAGAACCUGAAGAAGAAAAUGAUCCUGAUGGUCCCUGUGCUUUCAGAAGGCGGGCAGGAUGCCAGUAUUAUGCUCCUCGUUUGGACCAAACUAACCAUUCAUUUGAAAAUUCAGAAUUGGCAGAUUUGGAUAAGUUGAGGUAUAGGCAUUGCCUUACAACGCUUACAGUCCCAAGCAGAUGUAUAGGAUUUGCAAGGAGACGAAUUGGCAGAGGUGGCCGAGUUAUAAUGGACCGAAUAUCCACAGAACAUGACCCAGUCCUGAAACAAAUAGACCCUGAAAUGCUGAAUGGUUUUUCAAGUUCUUCCCAAACUGUAGACUUUUCUUGUAAUUUCUCUCGGACCAAUGCUUCCAAUAAACAUUGUGAAAAUAGACUGUCUCUUUCUGAAAUAUUAAGCAAUAUCAGAUCAUGUCGACUACAGUGUUUCCAGCCAAGGCUACUAAAUUUACAGGACAGUGAUAGUGAAGAAUGUACCUCAAGAAAACCAGGGCAGACUGUGAACAAUAAAAGAAUUUCUGCAGCAUCUGUAGCUUUAUUGAACACCAGCAAGAAUGGCAUAUCAGUGACAGGGGGUAUCACGGAAGAGCAGUUUCAGACACAUCAACAGCAGUUAGUUCAGAUGCAAAGGCAGCAACUUGCUCAGCUUCAGCAGAAACAGCAAUCUCAGCAUUCCUCGCAACAGACACAUCCAAAAGCACAGGGCUCGAGCACCUCUGACUGUAUGUCUAAAACACUUGACUCAGCCAGCGCCCACUUUGCUGCAUCUGCAGUGGUCAGUGCACCUGUUCCAAGUCGCGGUGAGGUAGCCAAGGAACAGAACACUGGCCACAACAACAUAAAUGGUGUUGUCCAGCCUUCAGGAACCUCUAAAACAUUAUACUCCACCAAUAUGGCUUUAUCAUCCAGCCCAGGGAUUUCAGCUGUACAACUUGUAAGGACAGUUGGCCACACCACUACAAACCACUUAAUCCCAGCAUUGUGCACAAGCAGUCCUCAAACACUUCCCAUGAACAAUUCCUGCCUGACAAAUGCAGUGCACCUCAAUAACGUCAGUGUUGUUUCUCCAGUCAAUGUGCAUAUCAACACAAGGACUUCAGCACCAUCGCCAACAGCCUUAAAACUUGCCACAGUUGCUGCCAGUAUGGACAGAGUGCCAAAGGUUACUCCCAGCAGUGCCAUCAGCAGCAUAGCAAGGUGUGUGUGUGGGUGUGUGUUUCAAGUAUCAUUCUGUCCCUUUGUUGUAGCUAUCCUAUGGAAAGAAAAAGACAUUUUUUGUUGUUGUUUACUGCUGAAGCAAUAGGUAUCUGUUGAGAGAUAUUGAGGAUCUUCUUAGUGUAAAGCUCUGUGAGUUUGAUUACUUGAAGUAGCUAGUAGGCUGUUUAAGUGCCAACCAGCAUUGUAAAAAAAACAAAACAAGAAAAAGACAUCAGUUUGACAAAUGUAUCAUAGAGCCUUAUUUUUUAGAAGCUUUCAUAUCACUUUUUUGUAGUUUAGUUCAGACAGUCUAAUAAAAGAUUUAGAGUUAUUAAAUUCUGUGCCAUGGUUUAAGUUUAUAUUUUCUUCAGCAUUAUACACAAAGAGUAUUUAAAAUAAAUUAUUGUAUGAAUAGAUUAACAUUGAGAAUUUUCUGAGAUUAACUAAAUCUAUGAUAAUGUAUUUUGAAGUAUAAUUUUAUACUUUUUUUCCAUGAUACUAAUACAAGGAGAACAGCGAAUCAGGGGGGAAAAAAAAAGAUUUGUAUGUGUUGAUAAGUACAUGACCUUAAAACCAUAAAAAUUAAAUCAUAAAGAGAAGGAAUUUAAGUAAUGUU